AUAGGAUCUUAGCCGGAAAUGUUGUUAUUGCUGUUGGCGGCGCAGGGGAGCUAACGUUGCUUGAACUGCGGGCAGAAACAUCUGAUAACAACAAUUUAAACUUGUUUAUAUAGCUACCCGAAACGUUUUCAUCGCAGAAACAGUAACGUUAUAUGUCAGUUUAAGAACCUUAUUGCAAAACUGCUGUAGUGAACGUUAUGACUAAUUUAUUUUUAGAGCUCAGGUUGCGUUGUUAGCAUUAGCCUCUGAUCAAAGAACUGACUGGCAGACAUGGAGACUCGGGGGAUUGAAGACAUGUUUGACUUUCAUCGGUUUCCCAAAGAUGCAUUUGUUCUCCUGCUGUUGCUGAUCUACUUUCCAGUUGGCAUUUGUUUGACAAUAAUACGGAUUUUCAUUGGCGUCCACAUAUUCUUGGUCAGCUGUGCACUUCCAGAUAAUUUUGUUAGAAGAUUUAUUGUGCGGGUUAUGUGCUCAGUCCUGGGGAUGUAUGUGAGACAGAAAAACCCUCGGUCCAGAGACAAAAACACCAAGCUCUACAUAUGUAAUCAUGUAACAGAAUUCGACCACAACAUAAUCAACCUGCUGACAUCCUGCAAUACUCCCCACCUGGAGGGCUCCACAGGCUUUGUGUGCUGGGCCAGAGGCUUCAUGGAAAUCCAUUCAGCUUCUGGCCUGGAAGCAGUAGGAGAAUCUCUUCAGAGAUACUGCUUGACUGCAGGUACUCCACCUUUACUCCUGUUUCCUGAAGAGGACACCACAAACGGUCGUGCUGGCCUUCUCAGUUUCAGUUCCUGGCCUUUCUCACUGACUGAGUCUGUUCAGCCUGUGGCCUUACAAGUGACCAGACCAUUGAUUGCUUUGAGCACAUCAGGGUCCAGUUGGCUGAUGGAGCUCCUGUGGACAUUUUUUGCUCCAUGUACAGUGUAUCAUGUAAGUUGGCUCCCACCAAUGUCCAGACAAGAUGGAGAGUCAGCGCAGGAGUUUGCCAACAAAGUCCAGAAGCUACUAGCAAGUGAACUUGGCUUGGUCUCUACAAAGAUUACUAAAGCUGAUAAAGCAGAGCACAUGAAAAGGAAAAGACACACUGUACCACAAAUGUCUGCAAGUGUCAGGCCUGGCUCUAUGGGGCUCGGGUUCAUGGUCCAGAGUUUGGGCGCAGAUGAUCAUAGGAUUGCCAAGAUGGCUCAGCAAGUGAAGGAUGUGCUGCCUCAUAUCCCACUGAAUGUUAUCACAAAGGACCUAGCAAAAACCAAUUGCGUUGACACCACCAUAACAAAUCUGCUUGAGAAUAAGGAGGAAACUACUGUGGAAGCAUCAGGGCCGUCUACAUUUGGGCCAUCUAAGAUCAGUGCUUACUCUUCUGGUUCUGCCUUCACUAUUAAGCCUGUUGCCAAAUGUUUUGGGAAAUCACCAGCUGACAGACAUUUGUCUCUCCAAGAGAGAAAAGAAGCACUGUAUGAUUUUGCAAGAAGACGCUACAUUGAAAAACAUGGACUGAAUCAAGAAGACGGCCAGUGAACACACCUUGGGUCAAGUCAUCCCUGAGAACCUGUCAGAAAGGAGCAUAUUCAGCUUGCAUAGCAGUCUACUUUGAAUGAUGUUUUUAUAUUCUGUCAAUAAGUUUGAGACAGAUUUUGUCAAUUGCAAGUAAUGAAAGGAGUAUUUGGAACAUGUAUAAGUUGAUGAAACCGUUAUUAUGCAUGUUUAAUUCUUCAUUCUGGCUGAUACUUAAUUUUGAUAACAAUUUGUAUUACAAUCUACCGACUGUGAAUCAUCUAUUUAUUUUUAUAAUGUCCAGAGUCGUCAAUUAAAAUAAAGUUCAGCUUGAUCUUGCAA